AUGAAUGAAGUGAAUCUCACAUUUUCCUCAGAUGCUCCCAAGAACACCUCAGCAUCCAUCAGUCCAUCAGGUUUGGUGUCAGCAGGUAACCUGGUGACCCUGACCUGCUCCAGCAGAGCCAAUCCUCCCGUCAGCCGCUACACCUGGUUCAAGACCAGCAAAGACGGACCUGUCAGUGUAUCUGAAGGAGACUUUUACAGCUUCAAGGUGACCUCUGUGGCAGAUAUAGAAGAUCAUUACUGUGUGGCCACAAAUGAUCUCGGUAAUCAGAUGUCAUCACGGAUAAAUAAUGCAGAGAGCUCUGUCAGCUCGCUACAGUGGGGUUCAGCUCUUGGAGGGAUCCUUGUCAUCAUACUCAUCUGCCUUGCUAUCUGUGUUUGGUGGUUUAAGUCCAAAUGUCCACAAACUCAGAGUCAAAGAGAUGACGAGCUGACUCUUCAAAUGCCAGCCAGCAAAACAGAAGAAGACAUCCAUUAUGGAGAGAUCGACUUCUCCAAGCGGAGACCUGAACAGUCCUCGGCCUCGGAGCAGGACAGUGGACAGCAGCAGGAUACGCUGUAUGCACAGGUCAAUGUGUCCGAGACAGCGAGCAGCUUAAGACAGGCUGCUGACGUCCCAGAGGAUCUCUACACUCAAGAAAAGACACUGGAGAGGAAAAUGCAAUCUUCACUGGCCACAGUUAAAGGGGAACUCAAAACCUCCACACACUGCAGCUCAAAUAGUUUUGCCAUCAAGAUAUAAUAAAUCAUAUGUGUGAACUGACCUCAUAUGACUGUUGCUGUGCGAUUAGCAAUCUGUACAUCAGAUCAGUGCAAGCAUAAGUCCGAAAGGCUCUUAAUAGGGAACUAUUCUAAAUAGUGACAUGAGAAGAAGCAGUUCACACAUUAACAAUGUACUACAAGAUUAUAUUGUAGUAUUAUAUAUCAUGUUUUUGUAUAUACAUGUGUAUAAGACUGCUGAAUUAAAAGCACUAAAAGCAUUUGAAGUGAACAAAGCGUUUUAAUCACUGAGGUUCUCUCAUCAGCACGGCAAUGCAGAGCAGCAGUGAUACAGACUGUGCACAAGUCAGCAUAAACUCUGUGCUACCUACAUGUGUGAAAUACACUUUAGAAUAAGUUGAGGCAUGAUGUUGGUAUUAAUAAAUGUUCUUUUCAGUUCUACAAGGAAACAUAGACACCUCACAGCCAAAGAGAAGUGGUGGGAUGUAAACUGGUCAAGUCAUGAACAGAGCGCUGAGAAAAAGCUGAGAACUGAGUAAAAAGGGGAAGUUGGUUGGCUGGGUUUUAUCGACAAGUCCUUCUGCAGGAUCGUCAUAGCGACAAAACAUCUUCAUCAGUCCAGAAUUGUGUUUAUUAUUCACUUAUUGACUAUUUACUCUUUGACGUGGAACACUUUCUGAGGAACUUGAC